AUGGAGGGGAUGAUGGCAAUGGCUCUCAGCGAUCGCGUCGAAGUAUCGCAAGCUCAAAAUCUGGACGUUACUCAAGUCCAUGGUUCGGUGCGAGUGGCGCUCGCACCGCCACCCAAUGCUAGUUCGAGUUCAGUAGGAGAGGUCAAUACGAGGAUUACUUCAGGGAGACGAAAACGCAAGAAGAAGCUUUCUCUACAACCUGGAACAUCCUCGAGUUCGAGCGAGCCCAGAAGUCCACCCACUGUCGGAACUUUCUUGGUAAUAUACAAGAGCCGCUUAAAGCUGCCCCCGCUGAAAGAAGUCGGCAGCCAAAAACUUCUUUACACCACUGGCAUUGGAACGAAUCCCCCUCCGAUACCUCAAGCAACAACAACACUCGGCCCCAACCCAACCCCAACAAUCCACCGUUUCUCCUAUUCGUAUCAUAACUACCACCGACCCACGGCAUCAAGCUCCAGUCCUUCUACCUCCCACCAGCCGCCCCUUCCAAGCACCCCUCUCCUGGAAAUACGACACCAAGUCCUCAUGCCACCCCAAUCGUUGUCAUCUGCUUUCGCCCCAUCUCCGUCGGCUGGACGUGGCCCCUUGGGCACUUUUCGCCUACCUCAUCAUCAUGCCCCGCUUAGGCCUAGCCGGUCAGAAAGCCAUUUGGUUAAGCCAUACGAAUCUUUCGAGGCGGAGGAAUCGUCCCAGUCGAGUGCAAGCGUUUCGAGGGAUAUACUGGCUGACAUGUCCAACAUUCAACACGAAGAAAGGCCCUUCGGUUCCGAUCCGGAAACUAGUCACUCUGGCAAAAUACCCAACAUCAUCGAAGAAGACGAUGAGCGACUGACCAACGGUUUGAGUUUCAGUGGUAAUGACAGUGGUAGCAAGAGGCGCAAGGAUAUAGAUGAAGCCGACUCGAUCCUAGAUCCUACUUUAUCGGACUUCGAGGGACAACUCGAGCAAGAGUCCGAGAGGGCUCAAAUACCAACACGGCAGGGCCCCGCAGGCGAGUACCGACUCGAGGCCCUCGUCCCGCGCGAGCUCGAAUAUGGACGAGCCUCCAUUGCGAGAGGGCUACCGGACCCCGUCGCCGGUUUCAUUAUACGUUUACCUCGUGAUCAGCUGAGUGCGUUAGUGGAUUCAAUAGCUGUUGGAAGUGUAGGAAGUUCGCCAAGCUUCCAGCAGGUCAAUACCAUGGAAUUUAGAGGAGAUGACCCGCAUGCACUGAGCACGCCGAGUGAUGCUGUACGAUAUGCAAAAAAGAUCAAGCUCACACCUCCAGAAGAUUUCUCAGAUUGGGAUGGAGAACGGUCGGGAGAAGAGCAGGCAGAUGGAGAGGCAACCGACAAUGAUGCUGAGGGUUAUCACUCGUCCUCAAGGAUAGACAGCUACGCCGACGCUACAGGACUUUCGAUGCAAGCAACGAGAGGUGCUCAUAGUUUUGAUGACGAGUCUGUUUCGCCUAUUCAACAGGGCACUGAACUGGAGGAUGGCGAAGGUGAAGGCGAUAUGGACAUGGAUAUGGAUGAGGAGGUCCAGUCAUCGUCCGGCUCAGCCACCAACGAUUACAGGAGACGUGGAGCGGACUUGAUGGCACAACUACGGGAGGAAUUCUCGGACGAUGAAGAGGGAAGCAUGAGGGAGGGAAGCAUAAUGACUCGAGACGGGAGUACGAGUGGGGGAAGUCCCAUUAUCAAGGGGUUCAACUCACUCCAGCCUCAUCGACCGAAUCAACAGGCCCUGUCCCCUUCCGAUCUGGUCGUCAAUCGAGACCCACUAUCGUCAUUUGGCCGCCGAACCCCAUUACAGAACAGCCGAAACCAGGACCCUGUUCCACAACUCUCGUCGUUAAUGCUCACCGUAGAGUUGAAUGAUAAGGCAGGGUCCGUCAAGUCUGGUCCACGCCCAUUCUUAGGGAAGCUGAGCACCGUCGAUGAACUUUCGCAUAGCGUUAUACGAGACGCCGAUUUGGUCGAACCUCCCAAGAUGCCAUUGUUGAAGCAAGCCCGGAACCACCCCGCGCUCGCGAACACCUACAGGUCGCGGGAGCGUCCGGCAUCACCUACCCGCUACGACAUGAAUCGAUUCGUGUCCUCGUCCUCAACAGCUGAUACCAAAACUAGCACGGCUCGUUCGGCUGACUCUUACGUCAAGCACCCUGGGCCACCAAUUCCAGGCGUACGCCAGAUUGUCCCAUCCGAUUUACCCGCUGAGGCUUUGCCCGAACGGGUUGGGCGGAUGGUGUACGAUCGGGCGGCGAUGCGUUGGAGGCAAGAAGUAGAUGAAAACGUGAGCGAGAGUGAGGAUCCAUUUAGGGACUUUGACAGCUUUGCCUCGACUGUUGAAGAACAAGAACGCGAGGGGCAGGGGCUUCGCCCAAUGGAAGAAGUUGACGAGCACGAAGUAGAUAUAGAACAGGACUCAACAUCUGACUCGAAUGUCACGUUGAAUGACCCCGCCAAGGCAUUGAAUGGACAAAAAGCUCCCCAGUCAACUAUAACCUAUGACAGCGACGUUAGCACUGAGCUUAAUGUUGUUGAUGUUUCUCCCACGGCGUCCCCCACGAACUUGGAUGGCGAUGACCUGAAGCUGUACGAGCCAUCGCCCAAAUCAGCUCCUGUGGAUCUCGACCACCAUGACAAUGACCAUGGCCAUGAACCAGAAACUUGCGAGCAUGAACCCACGAACAUCGAGAUCCCAACUGCUCGUCCGGUUGGGCCGCUUCGACCCGCUCUGAAAAGCGCGGUAUCUACGCCCGCUGCGUCCGCCGGUUCCAGCCGGCGCAGUACUCCUGACUUUACCCCAAUGCAGAAUGCGCAGAGCCGACGCUCUGUGAGCUUCUCUGACGGCCGAAUCGAGCUCACGUCGCUUACGCUCACUACCCCAGAGAGCGAGGCUGCGCCUUCAUCGAGGAUGCAACGCAUAGGAAACUUACUGGAUGCUUUGGAAGAUGACAGCAUGUUGGCGAAUCUAUCUAUUGCACCCGGCAAGCAGCCGCCUGGGGAAUCAGAUGAGGACGAAGACACGACUGAACAGUUCGACACGGGACGGGGUGAUCCGGACGUGGACCCGGACGUGUCACGCAACCCCCGCUCGUUCGCUCGGACUUACUCUUUCGGCACCUCGGACCGUACCGGCGGCCAGAAGAACCCGACCUUCUUGACCGAGUGCUCGUUCGGAGUAGCGCACGACCGAUUAGUGGAACUAAUUACUGAUGUGCACCCGUAUCAGCCCUACUGGGAGCCGUUGAGCGAGAUUGAUCUGUCGAAGAAGGGGAUCGAGAGCUUGGCUAGGCUCAAAGAGUUUCUGCCCAAUUUGGACCGUCUAAAUGUGCACGGCAAUGAACUUGCAUACCUAAGCGGGAUCCCAAGUUGUCUUCGGGAUCUUAAUGCGGCACAGAACCAACUAACUAGCAUGACCUCAUAUAGCCAUCUCGCAAAUCUCGAAGUGCUUGACAUCAGUAACAAUCAGAUUGACUCUGUGGCACAACUCAGGUGUCUCCGGCACCUUCGGGAGCUGUCGGCUGCAGGGAAUACCAUCAGCAGUUUGAGUGGCAUUGAUCAGACGACGUCAUUGGUGAAGGUCAACCUGAAGGGCAACUGUCUCAAAUCGGUGUCACUCGAGGACUGCAGCUGGCCACAUAUCGAUAGCAUAGACUUCAGCAACAACGGCAUGAAAACCAUUGCCGGAUUGUCAAGCGUGCCGACAUUAGUAACCCUGAACCUAGAUCACAAUGCACUGGCUGAACUCCACGUCAACACCCCCCUCCCUCGACUCCGUAAUCUCCGUCUCAGCGAUAAUAAGCUAGCAGAGCUCGAUUGUUCAUCCUUUGUCAACUUGCGCACGCUCUAUGUGGAUAAUAAUAAACUCGGCGCCUUACGUCAUGUUGAGAAGGCGCGCCGGCUUGAAAACCUGAGCCUGCGAAAUCAGAGCGGGCGCGGACUCCACUUGUGUAUGUCCCACAUCAGGGACGUCAAGAGACUCUACCUCUCAGGCAACCCUCUCGAUCCUGGAUUCUUAGAAGUCCCGUGCUAUAACCUAGUUUAUCUCGAACUUGCCGCCUGCCGAUUGUCCUCGCUACCCCCGAUCUGUGGUUUGAUGCGGCUGCGCAAACUUACGGUCAUUGGAUCCCGUUUGAAAGCUACCAAGCCUUUACUUCGCUCGUUGCAAAGCAUGAAGGAAUUAGAAAUGCUCGAUUUCAGGAUGAACCCCUUUUCCCUCGGGUGGUAUCUCCCGUUGCUCGUUCGAGAUGUCCCCGGAGCACUCCAACCCUCCGAAACUAACGGGAAGAAUACACCGUGGUCCGACUUGGAUGUAAAGUUUCGACGGGACUUACCGGACGAAUUGUAUAUUGGGAGAUUAGCUUACCGUGGCUUGGUAAUGCGUGUUUGCCCUCAGGUUCGCAUCAUGGAUGGUAUCGAAAUUACUCAGCCCGAACGAACUAAAGCGCAAAAACUACUUCUGGGCAUUGAGCAGUCUCACAAGGCCAGCAUGAACCCACCCCCACCCCAGGAUUGA